AUGGUGACGUCAUACGGAUCAUGGGGACAAGCGCUGGUUCGGAUCUCUCCGUACACCUUCUCCGCCAUCGGAAUCGCCAUAUCCAUCGGCGUCUCCGUCCUCGGCGCCGCCUGGGGAAUAUAUAUAACGGGGAGUAGCUUAAUCGGUGCUGCCAUCAAAGCUCCUCGCAUUACCUCGAAAAAUCUAAUCAGUGUGAUAUUCUGUGAGGCUGUCGCCAUAUAUGGAGUCAUUGUAGCCAUUAUUCUCCAGACGAAGCUGGAAAGUGUACCUUCAUCUAAAAUGUACGACCCGGAGUCCCUCAGAGCUGGCUAUGCCAUAUUCGCGUCGGGUAUAAUUGUGGGGUUUGCCAACCUUGUCUGUGGUUGUGCUUUGUCAGAUGCACAAAACUCGUCUCUUUUUGUCAAAAUUCUUGUCAUAGAGAUAUUUGGCAGUGCACUGGGAUUGUUUGGAGUCAUUGUUGGCAUUAUCAUGUCUGCUCAAGCGACUUGGCCAACCAAAUAG